AUGGCUUCCCGAGUUGGUGAAGGCCAGGAGCCACAGCAGAGAGAGGAAAAGUCCGAGUUGGGGAAGGCUCACUUCUUUUGGAGGAAGGACCCCGCCCCCGGCCGCCCUCAUUGGGCGCUCCGCCCGCCGGCCUCCUUCAUUGGACGCUCCCGCCCCGCCCCCGCGCAGUGUCCAGCUUUCGCCCCGCCCCCUCAUUCCGCCCUCUGCUGCCACUGCCACUGGGAAAGACUUCUUUGCCACUGCCGGGUCCGGCCUGGUCGGGCCAGGUGCUGCCGGUCCCUGCCCAGUCCAGUCGGGUCCGCAGCGAGCGGUCCUUCGCUAUGGACACGGUAUCAAUCAGCCACUGUAGCCGGGGUCUUCGUGUCCCCGGGGUCCCCCGAGCUGCUGAAGCGCCUGUCGAAGCUGUACUCGGCCUUUGUAGCCCUGCUACUGAAGCUGGUUGCAGUGUUACCUGAGAAUCUCCAGCCCGGGCCUGGAGACUUUUAUGGGCUCCCCUGGGAGCCUGUAUUGCUCACUACCUGUGUUGGAAUCCUUAUGCUUGUGAUUUUCUUGUGGAGGAAUGUUUUUCCAAUAAAGGAGAGAAUAUACCAGGUCACCGAACAGCAGAUUGCCGAAAAGGUGAAGACUACCACAAAGGACAAUGCACAACUUGCAGAAAAAUUGUCAAGUUAUGAAAAGAAGAUCAAUAAAUCGCAGAGGCUUCUUCAGGAGACCAAGAAUCAGAAUAGGAUUCUCUCUGAGGAAGCAAUUAAAUACAAGGAUAAAAUCAAGGUGCUUGAAGGAAGCAAGGAAUUUCUGGAUGAUACGGCCCGAACUCUUGGUGAUAUGUUAGAAUGUGAGCGGAAAUGCAACAUGAAAAAUCAGGAUUUGGUCCUGGAAAAUGAGAAAUCUGUGGAGAAGCUAAAGGAGGUUAUUUCAAUGAAUGCUUCAGAAUUUUCCAAGCUUCAGGUCGCCCUGAAUGAAGGCAAGUUGAGUGAGGAGAAGGUGAAGUCUGAGUGCCACCAGGUUCAGGAAGAAAACACAAGGCUGAAGAAGAGGAAACUAGAGCAGGAAGUUGAAGACCAGAAGAAGCUGAACGCUAAACUCAGCCAGCGAAUCAGGUCGUUGGAAAAGUCUCAGAGGGAUCUGGAAGCCACUCUCCAUGAUAAGGAUGAUUGCAUUGGUGCUCUGAACAACUGCAUCAUGCAGCUGAACCGGUUGGAGGAGAGGGGAUCGGAAUCUGAGGGUCGAGGUCCAGGCAGAUGUGAGCCAGGUGAAUUAGCCAAAGGAGAAGUGGGAGGUGGGGAAAAUAAGAAGGCUCACAUUCACCAGCUGAUGGAUGUCUCCCAGACACAUCCCGCAAUAUCCGUAUUUCAGAAUGAUCUCCAACUCCUGCAGUAGAAGCUGAGAGCCUCCCUGUCUGCCAAAUGUGAUCUGGAAGACCAGAUCGUGAAGCUAGGUGAGGACUGCGGCAGGCUGCAGGCAGACAAGGCCCGGCUGGAGGAGGAGUUUAGCAUGCUGCAGCAGAAGGUGGAGGUCCUGAAGGAGCUGUCCCACCAGAAGGAGCUGGAGCUGCAGAAGUGGCCUCCAGGCCCGCUCGGCGCCCGAGCGUAUUUCAUUUCGGAUCCGCGAAUGCCACCACCACCCGCUGGACUCCAGGACUACCGACCACGACCUGCCGAGCCCCAGGACAACCCACUGCUGCCUGCCGGGCCCCAGGACAACCCACCAGUGCCUGCCGGGCCCCAGAACAACCCACCUAUGCCUGCCGGGCCCGAGGACAACCCACCACUGCCUGCGGGGCCCCAGGAUUACCCACCGCCGCCUGCCGGGCCCCAGAAGUACACACCGCCAACUGCCGGGCCCCAGAAAUACCCACCGCCACCUGCCGGGCCCCAGGAGUACCCACCGCCCCCUGCCGGGCCCCAGAAAUACCCACUGCCACCUGCCGGGCCCCAGGACUACCCACCGACGCCUGCCGGGUGCCAGGCCUACCCACCACCACGUGCCAGGUGCCAGCACUACCCACCAUCGCCUGCCAGGCCCCAGGACUACCAACCACCACGUGCCGGGUGCCAGGCCUACCCACCACCACGACUACCCACCAUUGCCUGCCAGGCACCAGGCCUACCCACCACCACGCGCCAGGCGCGAGCACUACCCACCAGCGCCUGCCAGGCCCCAGGACUACCAACCACCACGUGCCGGGUGCCAGGACUACCCACCGCCGCCUGCCGGGACUACCAACCACCAUGUGUCGGGCCCCAGGACUACCCACCGCCGCAUGCUGGGCCCCAGGACUGCCCACCGCCGCCUGCCAGAUCCCGGCCCUGGCCCAUGGCCAACAGCAGCUCCCGCGACUCCUCCCCAGCGAAGGACAUGGACAACGCCAAGACCCCUUGCAAUGAUCGGGAUGAGGUGGGCGUGGGCUCUUGUGGGAGUGGGAAGCCGGUUCCAGGGCCCCCUGAAUCCGACCCCGGGCAGCCCAGGCUGCUGUGCCUCCUGGUCCUGAGGCUGCUGCCUUGGCAGCCUUCGCACCGCAUGGGGCCGCCUGCAAUGCUACUCCUGGACCCUGGGAGCCCUUGUGUCACCCCUGUAGGGCCCAGGGCCACGCUCAUGCUGGCAAGAGUGCAGCGAGCUGGCGCAGCGCCCUACUGGCACCUCUGGAGCUCAUCUCCGCACGCGAGUGCAGACAGCAUGGUGACCAUGCUCGCUGCGUGGCAUGCUGCUCACGAGGGCCCGGUGAGCAUGGCCGUGAAGGGGCCCCCAGCCCAUCCAGGGCCCCCAUUCCUGGGAGGCCCCAUGCUGCCCCACGUGGGCUAUGGGUCGCCUCCGCCACCAUUGCUCUGCAGGCCCUUCGGGCCUCGGCCGAUGUCUCCUAGGCAACCACCAAUAUUCGUUGCACGCAUGGGCCCACCACUGGGCUUAAGAGACUAUGCGCCCGGCAUGCUGCCUGGACGCCACGACCUGCCGCUACAUCCUGAGUACUUGCCGGGACCUGUGCCAUUCAGGCCUCCAGGCCCGCUCGGCGCCCGAGCGUAUUUCAUUUCGGAUCCGCGAAUGCCACCACCACCCGCUGGACUCCAAGACUACCUACCACCGCCUGCCGGGCCCCAGGACUACUCACCUCCACCUGUCGGGUGCCAGGCCUACCCACCACCACGUGCCGGACCUCAGGACUAUGCACCGCCGCCUGCCAGGUCCCAGGAGUACCAACUGCCACAAGUUGGGCCCCAGGACAACCCACAACACCGCUCCAACAUUAACCACCGCUGCCUGCCGGGCCCCAGGACUACCCACCACUGCCUGCUGGACCCCAAACUACCCACCGACACCUGCAGGGCCCCAGGACUGCCCACUGCCACCUGCUGGGCCCCAGGACGACCCACCACCACCUGCCAGGCCCAAGGGCUACCCACGACCAUCUGCCGGGGCCCAUGA